AUGGCGCCUGGGCAGGGUGGUAAGCGGAAGCGCGUUGAGCGCUCAUACUCUGGGGACUCCGCGAGCAAUGACAACCUGCGACCUUCUCCCCAUCGUCCUGGGACCCUGAAUAUGGCGCAUCACCCUAACAACCCUGGACACCAAUCCCCUUCUCCCCGGGAGCAGAACGACUCGCGCGAUAGAUCUCGCAGACAACCGCAUCGCAGCCGGGCUGGUUCCCGACGCGGAUCUCACGACGGUCAGAAUUUUUCGAACCCGCAGCACAGAGAGCCGAACGCGAUGUCUCCUCCCCCCGUCAGUCAGUCCAAGGAAACCGCGGAAUCAACGCCUUAUAAUGCCGACUCGACUGCUUCGCAACCUACACCCUCUCCUGCAUCAAAUACUCCUUUACAGCCGCAUGUCAACCCACCUUCCCAAGCUGGCUCUGAGGUCACUGCCCGCCGCCUCUCUCCUCCUCCGUAUGAGUAUGAAUAUGUUACCGAUAAUGCUGUCAAGGAAUGGACUUCGACAGGGAAACAAACAGUGAUAAAGCAAGGGUCUGCAGCUCGUCUUCAACAGGACCUUCCUCAGCUCGCAUCCAUCUACCAGGAGCUCCUUCGGUCUGCGAUUUACGGUCGAUUGUCUCCUUCAGAUGCGGGUACUGCUGUCAAAAAUAUCAUCGGCGAUCAUCCAGCUUCUCGUGAUAUCGAUAUGGAGGCCCGGAUCGAAAGUGUUUCAACCGAUGAACUCGACCCACGCUCCUUAUUCCUUGAUACUCUUUCGAUCAUGACGGACGCCGACACUUCGAAUCCAGCCCUCAAACCAUUUGUUUUUGCGACCGGUAUCGAUGCAUCGCUCAUGCGCCUUCAGCUCGAUACGCCGUUGUUGCAGGCCUUGGGGUUAGUUCGCGAAACUUUUGCGCGAAUGGGCAUUCGCAAGCAGACCAAUUUACUUUACCGGCAAUCCAACUACAAUCUUCUUCGAGAAGAAUCCGAGGGAUAUUCUAAACUGCUUACCGAGCUUUUCACCACCAGCAACAAUGAGCCGCCGUCAAGCGAGGUGGUUGAAGAUACAUUUGAAAGAGUCAAGGCCAUGAUUGGCGCAUUUGAUAUGGAUGUUGGUCGUGUGCUCGAUGUUACGCUGGAUGUUUUUGCUGCGGUCCUUGUCAAGCAGUACCGCUUCUUCGUGAAGCUUCUGCGGGCCAGCUCCUGGUGGCCUAAGGAAGACCUCUUCCAUCACCUGGAAGCAGACCGUCGUCAUUCCGGUCUUCCAAAUUGGGCGCUUCCUGGGUCAUCUGGUUGGAUCACAACCGAGGAAGAGCGGUCGGCUAUCAUGCAAGCGAACGAGGAGCGUGACCGUCACUUCUGGGAUCGAGUGAGGGAAAUUGGACUCCGUGCAUUUUUCGAGAUCGGCCGCAAGCCAAUCUCCAACGAGGAGAAGCAGCGGAAUCUGUCAGAAAUGAAUGGCUCAUCUUUUGAGGAAGACGUCACCCGCUCAUGGCUUGAAGAAACAGGCACAUUACCGCCCAAAGGCAACCGGGUUGCAGCACAGCUCCUUGGUUUCAAGUUACGAUUCUACUCUUCUUCGGCUCGAACCAAGGCCGAUGUUCUUCCCGAUAACCUCAUUUACCUUGCAGCCCUGUUGAUCAAGGUCGGGUUCAUCUCCCUUCGUGACCUCUAUGCUCACCUUUGGAGGCCCGAUGAUACCAUGGACAUCUUAAAAAGCGAGCGAAUGGCAGAAAAAGCCGAGCGGGUGAAAGCUGGCCGACCAGGUGGGGGAACCAAUGCUUUGAUGAUGGCCGGCGCUUUGUCAGACGAUACAGUUCCCCCUUCCCGCUUGCGUGACGAGCCGCGGUUGACAACACCUGCGAAAGACCCAGAAUCCGACCAAGGUGUACCAAAAUCGGAAGAUGACCUGCCAGAACCGUCAGACCAAAAGGUUCUAUUGCUCAAGAGCCUUCUCGCCAUCGGUGCGAUUCCUGAAUCUCUAUUUAUUCUCAGCAAAUUCCCUUGGUUGAUGGAAGCAUACCCCGAGCUGCCCGAAUUUAUUCAUCGAAUUCUCCAUCACUCAUUAGACAAGGUUUAUUCACAGUUCCGACCAACCUUUUCUACCGGCGACUUCCCCGGAGCUCAGUACAUGGUAACCUCGGAUCCAAACAGCUAUUCCAAGGGCCAAAUUGGACUUACGCCCCCUCCUGCGAGGCGAACUUUGAGAUGGGCUCAAUUGGAUAAGGAAGACACCAAUGAUGGCACCGAUUAUCGAUUUUAUUGGGAUGAUUGGGCCGACAACAUCCCGAUUUGCCAAUCCGUCGAUGAUGUCUUUGCACUUUGCUCCUCCUUCCUUAAUCUCUCUGGUCACAAGAUUGGACAAGAUGCAAGCCUCCUCGCAAAGCUUGUUCGCAUUGGUAAGGGGAGCUUGGUCCAGGAUAGAUCUGAGGAGAACAAAACACGUUGGCGCGACCUUUGCAAAUGUCUUCUCCUACCCGCGGUUAGUCUGACAAAGGCGAACCCCGGUGUUGUCAACGAGGUGUUUGAUCUCAUCAGUUUCUUUCCCCGUGAUGUUCGAUACAACAUGUACGCAGAGUGGUACUCUGGACAAACAUCACGGUUGCCAGACAUCAAAGAAGCAUUCGACCAAGCCAAAGCGGAGACGAAAGACACCCUCAAACGACUCAGCAAGACCAACAUUCGUCCCAUGGCCCGUGCAUUGGCAAAGAUUGCCUACGCCAAUCCCGGAAUUGUCAUCAACGUCGCCAUGGGUCAAAUUGAAUCGUAUGAGAACCUCAUUGAAGUUGUGGUUGAAUGCGCCCGCUAUUUCACAUUCCUUGGUUACGAUAUCUUGUCCUGGUCACUCAUAAAUUCGCUUGGUCAGAAAGGGCGCAGUCGUGUCCAGGAAGGUGGUCUUCUGACAAGUCGAUGGUUGAACGCCCUCUCGACAUUUGCCGGCCGAGUCUACAAGAGGUACUCCGUGAUGGACCCUACGCCUGUUCUGCAGUAUGUCGUCGAGCAGCUUCGUCACAAUAACUCGACCGAUCUUAUUGUGUUGGAGCAAUUGAUAAGCUCAAUGGCAGGCAUCAUUACAGACAACAACUUCAACGAUGCUCAGAUCCAAGCCAUGGCCGGUGGUGAAGUUCUCCAAUCUCAGACGAUCCUGCAACUGCUUGAUAAGCGCCAUGAAUCAAAGGUCACCUCUAAGCGGUUGCUCAAGUCCUUGACACAUACUAGACUUGCUGGUCAGCUGUUGGUUGCCAUUGCCCAAGAACGCCUCACUUGUGUUUACAAGGAGACAUCCUCGGAACUCAAAUUACUUGGCAAUAUCUUUGACGAAAUCCACCGCAUUCUCACUCAGUACCUUGACUUACUUCGCAGCAACCUUUCAGUCGAUGAUUUCGAUUCUUUCGUUCCGGACUUUUCAUCCCUCAUCAAGGAGUUUGGAAUCCAGCCUGAAAUCGCGUUCUGGAUUCGGCGGCCCAGUAUUGCCCAAAAAAUAACAAAGAUUGAAGAAUCAAAGCAAGAAAAGGAAAUCUCGACUGUGGAUGACACCGCUAGCUCUAAGCCGAACGGUGACAGCAUGGACACGGCCGAGGAUGGCGAAACGGCAACCAAACCGGAAGAUACCCCCGCAGAUGCCAUGGAUGUCGACAAGGUCGAAUCAGCAACUACGAGUGUGAUUGAGGGUCCUGAUUCUCUUCAAAUCCCUGCCGUCAAUGCCGAGCCAUUGGCCGCAAAUCCUGUCAUGCAAGAUCUGAUCGAGAACGUCAAAUCUGCUUUGCCUAUGGAGACAUGGGAGACUGUUGGAGCCCACUUCUAUGCAACAUUCUGGCAGCUUGCCCUCUAUGAUAUUCAUAUCCCACAGAAGUCCUACGAGGAUGAGAUUGACCGGCUCAAGCGACGAGUAGUAUCCAUCAACAGUGAUCGAUCUGAUCUCAGUGCGGCGGGCAUUGGGCGCAAGGACCAACAGAAGAAGCAGAUCACCCAAUUGCAAGAACGUAUCUUGGAAGAGAACAAGAAUCACUUGAAGGCGUACGGACAAACCCGCUCUCGACUACAGAAGGAGAAAGAUAGGUGGUUUGCAGGCAUGCAUGGCAAGCAUGACUCUCUCAAUGUUGCCUUGUUAGAGCAAUGUUUCAUUCCUCGACUUCUUUUGUCCCCUCUUGAUGCCUUCUUUAGCUUCAAGAUGGUGAAGUUUCUUCACAGCUCAGGAACUCCCAACUUCCGCACGGUUGGCAUGCUCGACCAAUUCUUCCGCGAGCGCAGGCUCACUUCUGUCAUCUUCAUGUGCACCUCAAAAGAAGCGGACAAUCUUGGUCGCUUUUUGAACGAGCUUUUGCGUGACCUCGCCAGAUGGCAUGCCGACAAGGCUAUUUAUGAGAAGGAAGGUUUCGGAGCCAGAAGAGAUCUUCCUGGAUUUGCAAAGAAUGUCGACUCCGAGGGUGAGCCAGUGAAGUUCUUGGAAUUCGAGGAAUUCCGUCGUUUGUUAUACAAAUGGCACCGUUGGUUCUCCAACGCUCUCAAAAGCUGUCUUAACAGCGGUGAAUACAUGCACAUCCGAAAUGCCAUCAGUGUGUUGAAGGCUGUUGUUCAACAUUUCCCUGCUGUCAAUUGGAUUGGCAGAGACAUUCUUAAUUGCGUUGAUCGAUUGAGCAAGACCGAUGAGAGAGACGAUGUCAAAAUUCCCGCCGCCUCGCUGAUUGGUGACCUCAACCGACGAGAGAAGAAGUGGAUGUUACCGCAGGCUUUCAAUAUACUCGCUGCGCCGCUCCAAUCUAGACCUCAACAAUCUGCCGAUAAAGCUGGAAAGGCUGGGACACCAGGAUCUGCCACACUCUUGAAUGCUUCAGCCCCAGAAUUCAGCCCCCCGGGAGCCUCAAACCCAGAGGGAGUUACAAAGUCAGAGCAAUUCGGCAAGACUGAAGUUGAAGAUGGUGAGAUUGAGGAUGCGAAGAUGGGCGAUAUAAAUUCAGGAAAGGGCGAUGAGAUCAAGCCCGUUGGUACGUCUUCUCAGGCUGGAUCGACUACACCUUCCGUCGCUGCCGAGAACAAUCAAGACCUCCCAUCUGGAGAUCAAGCACGAUCUCGACCCGAUUCGGGACGUCAACCCGACAUUCCUAAACGACCUGAUCUCCGUCAACAAAUUCACCCCCCUGUUCGUCCACCGGCCCGCCACAGCGAUGGAAGGCUGCCUCCACGCCCUGAGGGAUUGGAUGAUCGACGAGAUAGACACCCUGACUUCGGUCCCCGCGGUCGUCAUGGUGGCCCUGACCAUGGCCGCUCCUUUGAUGGUCCGUUGAACGAUGUCCGAGGGCGCCUCAAUGAACGUCUUGGCGAUCGUGAUCGCGACUUCCCCAUGCGACCUCCAGCCGACGAUCUAAUGCGUGGACCGCCUCGCGAUUCUCGCACUGGUCGAGAGAAUGGUUGGCCUAUGGAUCGACCGGGUCGUAUGCGUGGACCUGGCCCUGGGCCCGGACCUGGACCUAAUGAUUCCUUCCACGGGCGCGAUGGCCCUGUGCGGGGAGAGCUGAUGCCUGACCCCAUGGACCGACCUGUUGAUAAUCGACGUGGAGAUUCAUCCAGAUCGGAAAAGGAUGACCGCAGGCCUUAUCCACCACGCCCUGUAUCACCAUCCCGGCCUACUGACUUGCCAAACCGCCCGGAACGAUUCCCACCUCCCGAUGAUCGCCGUCCUCCUGGCUUCACUGGUUCCCCUCGGAUUGAUAACCUUCCCAGGGGCCCUCGCAGUGAUCGACCAGUCGAUCCUAGGGAUUCUGCCUCAGGCCCUGAUUUGAGUCACGGUCGCCUUCGCCAGCCAGAACCUCAAACUGACAUUCCUGCUGGACCCAGAGGAAGACGUGGUGGACGCAACAACGCCUCCGGGCAGCCUCCCCCUAAUACCAGCUCAGUCAAUGCUACCGCCCCCCUCCCAGAUCGCCAGGCGCCCACAGGCCCUAGCCGACAAAAUGGACGUCUGGCACCUGAACAAGCUUCCGCCCCGUCACAGCCCUCAGGCUCGACCAGUGCACCUGAAAUUCAUCCAGAUCGCCUCAGACUCGUCAAUGAUGUAGCCCCCAAUGCCCCUCCCUCUGGUCCCCGUGGUGGCUCAACCCCACAGCAGGUGCCACGAGGCCCUGCUAGCUCUUCUGUGCAAUCUGGUCCGCCUGGCCCCCCGCCUCCCUCUGGGCCUGCUGGUGCUGGCUUCGGUGGAGAGCGUGGCCGUGGCGAUAAACGUUUCGCCGGACUCAACAACGUGCUUCAGCAGUCCGGUGGUGGCGGUGAUCGCAGUGGAAAUCCCCCAUCUGUUCGCGGACGAGGCGCCAAUCGCCAAUCCAACACAAUGGAAGCACCGCCAGCUCAGCCUCCAAACCGUCCACCUAUGGGACCUGCAGGACCUAACGAAGACCAAUCUCGCAAUCGGCCCAAUGGUGGCCGGGUUGCCGACCUAAUUGAUGAUGUUGUCGUUUCUGAAUCAGGUCGCUCUGGACGUACUGGUGAUCACAGCCGCGAAUCAGACUCCAACCGCGAGAAAGACCCCGAGCGCCGUGAGGGUAGCAGCAAUGGCCGCAAUCGACGUGAUGGCCGCCGAAGUGAUCGUGAACGCAGCCGCAGAAGCGAUGUAGGCGGCGGUGGUAGUCGCGACGACAAGGAACGCGCUGGUGAACCCCGUGAGACCCUACGUCGGGUCCAGAGCUCGCGCGAGGAGCUUAGACGCCGCGAUCGACGCGAUCGCCCAGAUGGACCACCGGAACUGGCCGGGCCACCUGCCACAGGCAGUAAUGCCCAAGAAGGCGAAGGCCGUUUACGCCCUUCAUCGUCUCAGGCCGUACCGCCGCCCCCUCCACCUCCCCCGCCUCCUCCGCCUGGAGGAAACGAACGUCGUUUCAACGCGGGUGGUGGUGACCGGGGAGCUCGAACCGACAACCGGGAUCGCGAACGCGAGCGUCGCGGCGACCGACGUGAUCGCGAUCAUCAUCGCGAAGGCGGGAGCAACUCUGGUGGCACUGGACACCGUAAGCGCGCUCGACAAGGUCCUGAAGACAACACCGAUGGUGGUCGUGGCAUGAGGAUGGGAAAUGACAACAAGCGCCCUCGUCGAGGAGCCUGA